AUGUUACGAUUAUCCCCGUUCCUGAAGCCCGGUUUAUCGAAACGUUUCUCGAACGUCGGUCGUUCGAAGGAUUGGCGGUUCGAGAUAGGCAAAUUAGCGUUCAAUUUGUCGCGAUAUAACAGGUACGGUCUAUACACGCACGAUAUCCUGAAUUUCUACGAGCCGAUAAUAGAAGAAGUCCUCCGCCGACUACCAAAGGACGUGCUGGACGCCAGGAAUUUUCGGUGCAUACGAGCGGCACAAUUGGACUUCAUGAAAACGUAUCUACCCAAGGAGAAAUGGAUCACGUACGAGCAAGAUUUGGAGUAUCGGUAUAUGGAGCCGUACAUACAGGAAAUCAUCGAGGAGAGGCAAGAGAUUUAUGAUUUUGGAUGCACCAACUACAGAGAGUAUGAUUGGCCCUCCGGUGAAGUCAAGUGAAGUGUAAAAUGGCUGA